UUCUAUCGCAUGUGGGAGAUGAAGGUAUCCUCAGUGGCAACUUCAUACUUUUUUACUCAUUAUUUUCACAAGUAACUGUAUUUUAUAUGUAAGAUUAGAAUUUCCAUGUGAUUACUGUAUUCAAUUUCACUUACUCUGCUGUGUUUUGGUUCCUAUUGCCAUAUUUUAGGAAUACAUUCCCAUCCUUAAGGAGGCAAUUGCCUCCUAUUAUAUAAUCUUUAAUUAUGAUUGGCUAAAACUGGAAAUCGUGUUCGUAGGAAUACCAGUAACUUGGAAAAUAGCACGAUGUCUUCUAAUAACGCAUUACCACUCUGCAUAGAAUAAACUUCUGCUUUUGGGUUUAUCCGUAUGCUAUACUGGCUCUGAAACUUGUGCUAACUGGUAAAUACCAAAUGAGCCUUCUGCGUCCGCAAUGAGACAUCAAUACCCCUCGUUACCCUCCGAAGUAGGUGUUGUAGUGGUGAACACACUCAACCAUUUCACCUGAUUAAGAAUAAUUCACAAAGCAUACGGUUAGCUGUGAGUAUGCAAGUUGGCGAUCUAAGCAACAUAUUUCGAAACUGCUUACUAUACACUCGAUGUAACACUCAAAUCCUUCCAACAUUCUCUAAAACAUUGUCAUUCUCUAUCCCCUUCGCUUGGUGGCCAUUUGAAUUUUUGAAACAGAAGGAUAUCCACGAAGAAAUUCAACAAUCCUUCACCAACUGUUUAUAUCUCAUAGCAGUCGGUGAAUUUAAAGAAGCCGACAGUAAAUUACAUGAAUUAUUGUAUCAUGUAAAUGUAUCCCAUGAAAACCAAAUGCUUACUGACCUUGAAUACACUAAUAAACGUGCACGGAUUUGCUCUGAAAUGGCCAAUUUAAGCCUUCUUAUGGGAAAUCAUUCAGCUGCAGAAAAACUUAUUCGACAGACAAUGCAAGAUUGUUUAACUGGCGAAAUAUCAACGAAAGAUGCAAUGUUUGUUGAAUUAUCACUUAAAAUGGCACUACUAUUUGAAAAAUCUGGUAGAAUAGAUGAUGCUGAAACUGGUUUUCGAUAUUGUAUACAAACACAAGAAGAGAAAUUAGCUAAUUCAGAUGAAAGUGUCGACAGUACAAAUGAAAAGGCUUUACUGGGAAUGUGUUGUAAUUAUUUCGCCAAAUUUCUCUUUUCUAAUAAACAAUCCGCUGAAGCCCUGGUUUAUGCCGAGAAAGCCUACACCAUUGCCAGUCAGAUUUAUCCAUUAGAUCAUCCGAAUUGUUUAAACUUACUAAUUGACAUUAGUGUUAUUCAAACAGAUUUAAAUCAAUUUAAAGAAUCUCAAUAUACACUUGAACAAGUGAUUAAAACAAGUCAAACAAAAUAUCAAUGUUUACUUGAUGAAUGCAAUAGUAAUAAAGAUGCUUAUAAUCUGUUCAAAUCGGAUUAUUUAAAACAAUAUGAAGCACAUCAAAUGAUAUAUACACUAAUUCAUUCCAUAUUACAGUUAGCUGUAGUUAAUUUAAUGUUGAAUAAACAAGAGUUUGCUAAACAAUUACUACUACAAGCCAAUCGGAUAUUAGAACAAGUAAAUCAUCAAUUGGGCUUGAAAAUCUCUUCACAUCGUAAACAAAUUGAUGAUUUUCAAGCGGAAUAUCAUUUAUUAGCCUAG